AUGUGCUACUACGGAAACCACUAUGGUAGUCUUGGCUAUGGCUAUGGCUGUGGCUGUGGUUGUGGCUAUGGAGGCCUGGGUUAUGGCUAUGGCUAUGGCAGAUUUGGAUAUGACCACUGCAGGCCAUAUUGCUGUGGGAGAUACUGGUCCUACAGAUUCUACUGA